UCUGGGGUUGGAGUCUGAUGAAAGUAGCAAAGCACUGCCUAAGAAAAGAGCCUCAGUCCCACCAUCAAGAUAUACAGAUUCAGAUGAAACUGAUGUUGAGAAUACACCGACCCAAAGGAAAAGGACAGUGAUCCCCAAACCACAGAGAAAUGUUGCCCAAAUGAUUGUUGAUGAGUAUCAAGCCACAACCUUGACAGAGACUCAGAAGAAGCUGAAGGAAAUGGAGGAGGAAAACAAAAAAUUGAGAAACGACAACGAAAAAUUAAGAAGAAUGCUUAUUAGAGAGCUACCAAAUCUGAUUAAUGAAGUGAAGAUGGCUCUGAAGUCUCAGUGUUCAUCAACGACAUCAGUCAGCUCUGACUUGGAAAGUAGACAGGGUUUGCCACAGAGUAUUGCACAGCCCUCCCCACAGCCCUCUCCCACAGCCCUCCACCCACCGAAAGCAGUAUCCACAGAACAGGUGGAAAUUUGUCCUGGAUCAAAUGUAUUUGUUGACAGACUGGCAUGGGCUGUGGCCCAGAAUGCGAACUCCACCUCCUGUUUUGUAAGAUCACUCCUGACAGCAGUGUUCCCAAUUGAUGUGCUUCUGGUGAGCAAUCUUCGAGGAACAUCCAGGGAUUCUGGGACACAACGUCAGGCUCUUGACAAAAUGAAAGUGGAUGCUAUCUACAGAGCAACACUGCAAAAGUGGCCUCAUGUGGUGCCCUCCAGCAUUGGUGCAGCCAUCAAUGCCAAACUUACUGAAAUUAGAGGAAAGAAAAAAACACAAAAACAUCCGGAAACCUUAGUGCUUUUUGAUGAUUGAUGGCCAUGACAGUGUAUGUUCACAGUUCUAGUUAUUUUGCUGUUGCCUUUUGCAUGUUUUGUUAUUUCCAUGAGCAAAGUUCUGUUUGCUAUCAAGCUGGAAUUGUAUAUUACUCAUGAGGAGUAAUUUGAUU